AUGCUGCUCGCUCCGUGGGCGAUUGCACUGCUACUCGCCGCCUCCAGCACACUAGCCGGUGCCCUCAGCGAGCACAGUAUCGUCGAGAAGAGUAUAGUGCAGGCGCAGCAGGAGUGCGUCGAGUAUCUGAACAUUCCACACCACCGGCUGUACGAGUAUCUCGGGCAUAACUAUGCCAACGACGCCAAAACCAAGUGUAUGAUCCGCUGUGUCGGUUUGAAUCUCAAGUGGUGGAAUGGCGGUGUGGUCUUACGGGAGGACGUCAUACGCCAGUACUUCGCGCCCGACCCGGAAGAUCGUUCGAGUAUCGAUCGUACACGGGCCUGUAUCGACAAGCGAGUGAACUCCAAGAGUACGCUGUGUAGCCGCGCGUUCGAGAUCUUCCAGUGCUACCGGGAACAUUACGGCCAGUUGCUUAACUGCCCGAGGACUGUGCCACUCGGUGAGGAACGAUUCGCCGAAGCCAUUCACUACUGUCUCGAUACGCUGCAGGCGACUCUGGCCGAAUUCCGGACCUAUUGUUCUUCGAGGGGUUUCCUGGACUGCGAACGAAGUCGGUGUCUACUGCGCUGUAUCGCCAUUCGCACCGGAAUUUAUUCGGACCAGUACGGUGCGUUUGCGAUGCGGUAUCAGCUGCAGUUUGGUAACAGCACGAGCGGUUCCGGUGGUGAUGGUCUCGAGCAGGACAUCUGUACCACUCGGUUACGUCGCGAAGGUCUAGACAAGUGUACACUAGCUGCCCGGGUGCUGCACGAGUGUUUUGACUUCCCGAUCACGUUGCACACUGCACUGGAGCGGUCUCUGAUCCUGCUGAGUCCACUCAUGGAGAUACCCACUCCGGUGACGACGACGGCGACGACGAUCCAACCAACGACGGAAGUCAACAAAAAACCUCGUUCUUAUAAUUCGAGAAUCACGAUAAGCGAUCUCGACGAGGACGCCCAGGACCAGGACCAGGACCAGGACGAGGACAAGGACGAGCACUAG